ACCCUCCGCGCAUUCCCACCGCUGUUCGUCCUUCUCUCCCUUCUCGCCGUGGGGGUUGUUUAUCUACUUUUUUUUUCCCUCCCCCUUCUCUCGCAGGCGCGCGCCGGGGGGGGCACUUUGCGCGCUUCCUCGAAUCCUUAACCCCCCUCCACUUAACCUUACCUAUCUGGCGAUGGGCACGGCGGGAGGCGAGAAGAGACUCGGACGUGAACGGCAACAACAAACUCGAGAAACGCGAAAACCAAGAAAAAACAAUUCAACACUUCUAUACGAAGAAACGAGUGCAUUUUUCGGCGGCAUAGCUUUUUCUUUUUUCUUUUUCCCUGAUUCCUCUUCACGGACACACACACCCAUACCGGUCUCAGAAGUGUGCUGUUUUUUCGUAUUCUCAUCUUCUUCUAUCUGGAGGCGUUGCGUUGCGUUGCUGGGAAAGGGGGGGUGGUGUAGGGAGAUCAGGAGGGCUCGGCACUCUGAUAUUUACGCGAGUUUUUUUUUUUUCCCAUUUUCCUCCGCUGUCUUUCUUCUUUUCCGUCUUUGUUCGCAUCGGUUUCCUUCUUCCUUUUCCCGCCUCGGGGGGCGUCUCCGCGGCGCGCACAUCGCACACACACACACACACGCACACAUACAAACCGCACGGCACUUACUCAACCUACCUCUACCAAACCUACCUCUCGAUAUCGAUGGAUCGAUGGGAACUUUCAACAACCAGGCAAGCACAGCAGGCAAGCAACAAAAAAAAAAAACGAGCAAGCAUCGUCUUCGCCCCCCAAACUUCGGCUCCCCCUUCACCCCCAACAACAACUGUUUCCCCCCCCACCUUGCCGUUUUUAGACGCGGACCCUCAACGGGCUGCGGCAGACAUGAGAAGAGGAGGGAGUGCGCGCGCGGAGGUGUGCAGUAUGUGUGUGUAGUAUGCGUGGCAUGCGGUGUGUGCGGCGGGUGAGUAAGGAAGAAGAGUGGGCGCGAGAAUUGACUAGGGGCUGUGGGGGGGGGGGGGUAGUGGGAGCGCGAGAGAGAAAGUGAGGCGGACGAACUCCUGUUUCAACAGGACUCGCUUGUUGUUCUUUUUUUUUUCCGGUUCUCUCUCUUCUUCGCUUUUCUAUUUUCCCCACCUUGUCCUCUCCGCCCCGUCCCCCCCCCCCACACCACAGUACAUAGAUUAGAACGUAGAGAAGCCUCGAAAGGGGCGUCGGGCAGUCGUCGGAUUCCAUUCCGGGUAGAGACCGAGACAGAAUGAGAGAUAGUA